AGCCACGUCAGUCAGGCAGCAAGUAAUUAAUUGCAUGUUGAAACUGCGUCACCCUCGAUCGACUCAGCAUCGGUUGGAAGGAUUUUCCAAAAGUUUAAAUCAGUUUGAGCAGCUCCCUUAUGUACCCGCGUCAUGACGUUCCUCGGCAGCCUUAUCGUCUUGAGCCUUUUCAUUAUUAAUCCAACCCUUUGUGAGCCCACGACCCGUCAGGAAUGCUUAAGAGAGUGCCACAAUAAACACGGACACGUUUUGUAUAAAAGUCUAGGUGUCUCACCAAUGUUGGAUGGACGUUUCGAGGACAAGAAAUGUGAAUGCGUAAUGCACGUGAAUUUGAUGGACGCCGUGGAGAAGAUCACGGGUAAGGCCACCGAAUUUAAAGAAUUGUUCGAGAAUAAUUCAGAAGAGGGUAUGAAAUGGUUAAUAGCACACGGUUUUAGAGUCGUUCAUAAAAACCUUCAGCCUCGUGUACAGCACUCCCACAGCAACACUGGAAAUCACUCCUCCGACAAUACUGGAAAGCACUCCCCCAGCAAAACUGGAAGGCAUUCCUCCAGCAAAACCGUAAAGCACUCCUCCAGCACAACUGGAAAGCACUCCCCCGUCUUUUACUCCUCGUCCAACACUGAAAAGCCGCCUCCAUCAUCUUCAACUCCGUCUGAAGUGGAGGAAACGCAGCGUGCGAAGGCACAAUGCAAAGCAGAAUGUCACCAAACACACGGGUACGUUUUCUUUGCUGAAUGGUAUCCAAUUACGGAUGGACAGUUACAGGGCACGGAAUGCCAUUGCGUAAUCUCCCAACCUUUGAUUGAAGUCCUGGAAAAACUGGGACGUAAUAAGGGGCAGGAAACCUGGGCCGUCGACUUCAAAAAUUUGUCCGAGAAAAAUCCAGAAGAGGGCAAGAAAUGGUUAGAAAAUCAGGGUUUUAAAUUAUGUCCUACGAACCCUUACCCCUCUGGAUGUCACUCCCCCGACAGUACUCGAAAGCCCUCCUCCAGCACAACUGGAAAGCACAUCUCCAGCAACAAUGGAAAUCACUCGUCCAGUAAAACUAAAAAGCACGUCACAUCUCGACUCCCGUUCUUUACUACAAGUUCACCUUCAUCACCUCCAUCUCCCCCCAAAAAGAAGGACUCACGCCUAUCGAAUUGCAAAGAAGAGUGUCACCAAAACACGGACAUUGGCACAUUCCCCACGGGUCAUAUUCCUUUCCAAUUAUGGACGGUCAUUUAAGGGAUGGGAAAUGCGAAUGCAUUAUCUUCCACCCUUUC